AUGGGUAUGAAGAAGGAUUUGCUGCUGGUUUUGACCAUCGAAUCCGUGGUGAUCGGCGUCGUUCUUGGUUUCGUCAUCCGUCCUUUCAAUCCGACGUGAGAAUUUUUCAAAUCAACUAGAACCUGUAUCGGUUUCCUAAAAAUAGAAAAAAAUUGGGAUAACUUUUUUUUUUGCAGCAAUGACACGAUUAGUCUCAUCGGUUUUCCCGGUGAGAUUUUCAUGCAGAUCGUCGAGAUGAUGAUCCUGCCACUCAUAAUUUCUUCAGUUAUUUCUGGUAAGGGUUUUCCAAGUCCAAUUUUGAGCUUUUUUGAAAAGCUUUGGCCCAAGUUCGAGCUCGGGACGCCAGAAGAAUCGGAAUUGUUACCAUCAUCUACUACAUGACGACCACCUUCCUGUCCACGUUUGUCAGUUUUUUCAAUCUUGUCUGAAGAUUUUUUAAGCUUUUUGAAAUGUGCCUGGGUUUUUUUGAAAAUCAUUUUUGGUGUUUCUCUUCUUCAACAUUUUUUUCAGAAAGUAUUUUAAAGCCGACAUUUUUGAUGAACUAAAAUGAAACGAAAAGGGAUAUUUUUGUGAAGUUUUUCUUAAAAUUAUGAAAAACGUUGUGUGAUGUGGUAGAUCAAGGUCUUUAAAUUGCAGAAUGAAAAAAAAUUUGAACGUAUUUUUCCAAAAAAAAAAGUUUUGAAACUUCUUUUUCUCGUACAGCAUCUUGUAAGUCUGUAGUUGAAAACCUUCUAAAAAAAAUGAAAACCUGAGAAUUUGUACAGUUUGAGAUUUUCCGAGGUCCUCGUCUAUGACAUCAAACAGUUUUUGUGCAGUAUUUCGAUAAAGGAAAUUUUUAGAGCUAUUUUUGAAUAAUAGUGAAAAUCUAUUUUCAAGCAAUUUAUCCCCCUUUCACCCUUCUUCGACUUCUCUAAACAAAGUCCAAGUUUCAAAUAUUUUAGACAGGAAUCAUUUUGGUUUCUUCCAUCCAUCCGGGGGAUCCAGAAUUGAUUGACGCUCUCGGCGAGGGAACUCUUGAAAACACGGCUCUUUCCACUCUCGACACCUUCCUAGACCAGAUCAGGUAUUUUCUGAAGAGAUUUUAGAAAAAGGGGGAUUUAUUCAGAAACAUGUUCCCGGAGAACAUCAUCCAGGCCUCCUUCCAGCAGGUCCAGACAGAGUAUAUGCCUAUGAAGCCGGUCCGAGUCCGGAUCAACGGAACUUAUAACAUCACUGAAGUGGUUCACAAGCAAACUCUCACCUAUACCAACGAGAUGAAUGUCCUGGGUUUGUUUUUUCGAACAAUUUUUGGCUCAACUUGCUGGGUUUGAAAGAUUUUUUCAUAUUGAAGAAGGGAUAGCUUCUGCGCAUCCUCAAGUACGUGGAUCCUAGAGAGGCAACCUUAAGGCUCUGAAAAAUCAAAUCAAUGAAUAAGCUUUUUCUGAAAAGAGGAGGAGUUGACUAAAUUUGUCGUUUUAUUUUUGUAAUCUGAACAACAAAAAAAGGGACCUCUUUAGGGACCACUUAAGCUUUAGGGGCCACUCAAAUUCUACCCCUAGAGUGAGCACUAUUUCAUCUAUAAAAUGCUCUGUUUUCCCCCUUAUUCCCUUUAGGGGCCACUCGGACGUUCCUAACUUCAAAAUUGUAGUAUAUUUGGCAGUAGUAGAAAUGAAUUUUGAGAUUUUUUUUUGAGGAGCUUGAGAUUGACAGAUGAAAAAAACACUUAAAGAAAAAAACUCAAAUCAAAUUCAAAUUGAAUAUGCCUAUACUUUAUGUACGAAGUCGGUCGAUAUUGCAAUAUCAAAUCCCACAAAUGAGGAAAAAAAGAACAGAAUUUGAAAGUAACCAUGCCAUUUUCUAUGCUUUUCGAAUUUUUUCGAACUUUUUCCAUUCGGAUUUCGGAAUCACUUUCUUCAAAAAAAAAAAUCAUUGUCGACCUAAUCCAAAUAUAACAAUCAGAAAUUUUUAAGAAAAAAAGUAUAAUUUUUCUUCUAAAAACGCCAAAUUUUUUUCAAAAAAACAAUUAUUUCUGAACUCUUUCGAAUUAUGGCUGAAUCACGGCUGGCUUGAGCCUUCAAAAAGGGUCCUGACACGAUCAAAAAAAGAGACAGUGCCUAGUUAGUGGAGAGCGCAGACAGCCCCAUGCUAGCCGUGAAGCGCCUAUAACUUCAUGAUAGGAAACUGAAAUUUAUAGAAUUGUCUACCUUGAAUCUCAGUUUUACAGCUCUUACAAAACUUUAAAAGGUAUCCAAAAGAGAUGUUAUAAACUUUCUUGAGACAUUUUUGAAUUUAUGUUUUAGGUCUGAUCGUAUUUUGCAGUGGUUUCGGCGUUAUUCUGAGCAUCUUGGGAGAUCAGGUUCGAUAAUUUUCGAAUCUAUAUUCUGUUUUCGUCGAUUUUCAGGCGCGGUUGAUGAUCAACUUUUUCAUCGUCCUCGACGCCAUCAUCAUGAGGUGGAUCAGCGCGCUCAUGUGGUACAAGAAAUCAUUAAGUUUUCUAUAAAUCCCAUUUUAUUUUAGGUGCUAUCCAAUUGGAAUUCUGUCGCUCGUCUGUAAGAAUAUCGUAGACAUUGACAAUUUGACGGAAACUGCGCAAGGUUUCCUUCAUUUUAUUCAUUAGGAAUUAUUUUUGGUGCACUUGGAAAAGCUCUAGUGACCACUUAAGUUGCUACUCACUAAAGUGGCCACUGAAACUACCUCUAUAGUAGCCAUUUUUUUGCGCGAAGUGGUCAUUUUAGUAGCUUUAGUGGUUUAGUAGUAUAACACAGACUUCUAAAGAGGCCACUAAAUCUUAGCCACUUGAGCGGUCAUUAAUUCGACUACUAUAGUAGCCACUAAAACGUGAAUACCCUAAAGUGGCCACUUAAAUUUUUCUCUGUACUCAUUGAAGACUCUGAAAGUUUCAAUUUGCUCGAUUUCUUAGUGACUGAUUUGUCAAAUUUUUUCAUUGUUUGGUUAAAUUUUCGCUGAAAUUUUGGACCUUUCUUUCUCAAAAUUCAGGAAUUUUUCAAAUUUUAAAUUCUAUAACAAGAACAAUUGAAAAAAAAUUGAUUUUUGAACAAUAUAAAAAAAUCAAAAUUUGUAAUAUUUUAGCGCUAGCGAUGUACGUGGUGACGGUAAUUUGCGGACUUAUGAUCCAUUCUCUGCUCACUCUUCCCCUUCUAUACUUUCUCGUCACCAAGAAAAGCCCAUUUGCCUUCAUGACGGGCCUGCUUCAGGCUUUGGCCACGGCUUUCGGGACCGCUUCGAGGUCUUGUCAACGAUUUUGAACAUUUUCAGUAGUUUCAUAGACUGAGAAAAAAAAGUCAGGCCUUUUCUAACUUUGGAUUUCUCUGAGCCAUCAAAUGAUCACUGAAAAGCUUUUAGUGUUCACUUGGAAAAACACAGAGUGUUUCAGUGGUGCCACACUUCCGGUAACUUUCCGCGCCUUGGAAGAAAACCUGAAAAUCGACAGGCGAGUCACCCGAUUCGUCCUACCCCUCGGAGCCACAAUCACUAUGGUUUUCUUCGAUUUCUCCUAACUUAACCCGAAAUUUCAAUAAAUAAGGAUGGGACGGCGCUCUACGAAGCUGUAGCUGUCAUUUUCAUCGCUCAGCUACACAAUAUCAACCUGAGUAUUUAUGAUUUGUUCACGAUUAGGUUGGUUUUAAAUACGAGGGCCUUGACGGAGUCUUUUUUGAGAGUUGAGUUGAAAAGUCAGUGAUUCAUGGACCUACUGAGAAAGUUUUAAAAGGCCACUUUAGGGUUUUGGCAUUUCAGUGGCCACUGUAGUAGUCAAUCCAGUGGUCUUCCAUCUUUUGAAGUCUGAGUGAUACUACUAGACCACGAAAAACUACUAUAGUGGUCCCUAAAACGCAGAGUAGUAACUUGUAAAGAGGUGAUUCAGUGGCCACUUUAGUGUCCUCUCCAAGUAGUUCUUGAGGAACCUCUUAAGUUGCCACUAGAGUUUUUCCCAGUAAUAUAAUAAGGACAUAGAUUGAAAAAAAAAUUUCUCUAGUUUGAGUUCAAAAAUCACUGAAAUUCCAAUUCGAUGCUCAAAAAAGGGUCCUCAUAACUCGUUUAUGAGGCAAAAAAAUUUAAAAGUUUUUUGUUAUCAGUAUAACGACGACCGUAGCGUCGAUCGGAUCCGGAUCAGUACCGGCGGGUCUCGACACGAUAGUUAUCGUCUUGACGACUGUCGGCCUGCCCGCAAAAGAUUUGAGCCUCUUGCUUACUGUGGAUUGGUUACUGUAAGUUUCCUCUCUUUUCUCGCUAUCGCUGAAAGAGUCCAGAGAGGCCAGACAGUUUCAAGCCAAUGUGAUAUGCUCGAAUCAGUAUUUUUUUGAUCUCCUCAUGAUCUCUGGAGUUUUUCUUUAACGUCCUAGUUUUUUCCUCAUUCUUAUAGUCUGUUCAGAUUCUGAAUAUUAAGUAGAAUGACGUCAUUCGAAAACGAUCUGUGAAUGACUAACUCUCCGAUUGGUUUUUGACCAUUAGGGGCGUGGCUUGAGCCAUGAAACGAGGUUCAAAAUCUGAACAGACUGGAAUCUUUGAAAUUCAGUCGAAAGAUGAAUUUUUCUUCAAAAAGUUCUUCCUUCAACCAGGGAUCGGAUCCGAACCUCCGUCAACGUUUUGGGCGACGGUUUCGGCGCCGGCAUCAUUCAUCACCUGACCAAAAGCAGUUUAUUAGAAGCCGACGCGAAUGAUCUUAUUCGACAGAUUCGAGAAGACAUCAGUAAGGCAAAUAAGCGAAUGUUGAACUGGACCCCAAUUCUAGACAUUCUUAACAAUCCUCAUUUGGCGAUUUCUGCAAGUGCUCCGGUCAGCCAUCACAGCGUUGAUAACACUGUCCGCGGCCAGCCGCCAGCCAUUCCCUUGCAGGUUUAAUUUAGAUAAAAUUAUUUAAAUAUUACGAGAAAACUAUUCACAAACUUGGAACGCCAGAGUGAUCUCUGUAGGGGCAACCUAAGGGCCCUUUGAAGGUUCUUCUCUAGGGGCAUAUGAGUAGAAGCACUCAAUAAAUUAGCUUUUUGACCCAAAUAGGUGCUUUUUUCAUCUCACUCCUAUAGGGACCCCUCUGUCGUUCCUAAGAAAGCAUUGAUUGAGUUUCGAAUGAUAGAUAAAUAUUUUCCCCUCGGGACUAAAACAAGAGACCGUGAGUCUUUUUCUAGAGUUUUCAGAUCCCUCAAGGGACAACUUAUCUGAAACACCUUCCAUUACAGGACAUGAAACGGACGAUAUCGACGGCCUCUGCAGACAGGCCAGUUCACUUUUCCAAGUCGGCCCGCGCCUCAUUCGCCCCGAUUCUCGACGACGAACGCGAAUCGCUUCUGGCCAAACCAACCGCAAAAUCAGACAUUCACAUCGUUUGA